UCUACGUUUCUGCCAUACCCACUUUUGGCUGUCUGAUAACAGACGUCCUUAGCCUUACCUAACAAGUCCAUUUUAAUUUUACCUUCUGACCUUACAGUGAUAAUAAAAGAGAAUCAUGCCUAUUGUAAAGGAACAAUUGCCCAAACGUGAAACAAUCGAAUUGAGGAAAAAGCACAUUGGGCCCAAUUGUCAGCUUUUUUUCAAGAAAGAUCCACUUAAAAUAGUGCGGGCAGAAAAGCAAUACAUGUUUGAUGAAAGAGGAGACGCUUAUUUAGACUGCAUUAACAAUGUAGCUCAUGUUGGUCAUUGUCAUCCAGAAGUGGUCAAAGCAGGUUUCGAACAAAUGUUGGUCUUGAACACCAACAAUCGAUUUCUUCACGACAACAUUGUUUUAUGUGCUCAAAGAUUGAUAAGCACCAUGCCCGAAAACUUAUCCGUGUGUUAUUUCGUAAAUUCUGGUUCAGAGGCUAACGACUUAGCUUUGCGCCUUGCUCAGAUACAUACCGGAAACGAAGAUAUAAUAACCCUUGAGCAUGCGUACCAUGGGCACUUAACCUCCUUGAUUGACAUUUCCCACUACAAAUUCGCCUUACCUGGAGGGCCGCCACAGAAAGAUUACGUCCAUUUGGCUUCGUGUCCAGACACGUACCGUGGAAAAUUCAGGGGCGACAAAAGAAAUUCUCAGGAAUGCGGAACUCUUUACGCCAAUGAAAUAAAACAAAUUUGCGAUGGUCUUAAGAAAAAAGGAAAAGGAGUUUGCGCCUAUAUAGCAGAAAGUUUUCAAAGUUGCGGUGGACAAGUCAUACCACCAUCGGGAUACUUUCGAGAAGUCUACCAGCACGUCCGGGAGGCUGGAGGAGUGUGUAUCGCUGAUGAAGUACAAGUUGGUUUUGGACGUGUCGGAAAACAUUGGUGGGCAUUCCAGAUGCACGGUUCCGACGUUGUUCCUGACAUUGUAACCAUGGGAAAACCAAUGGGAAACGGACAUCCUAUUGCUGCUGUGAUCACAACUCCAGAAAUUGCAGAAAGCUUUAGAAAAACCGGAGUAGAAUAUUUCAAUACGUAUGGGGGUAAUCCCGUAUCAUGCGCCAUUGCCAAUGCAGUAUUCGAUGUAAUUGAAAAGCAAAAGCUGAGAGAAAAUGCCAUCAUCGUUGGCGAUUACCUUUUGGAUUCUUGCGAGAGAUUGAUGAGGAAACACCAUGUAAUUGGAGACGUUCGUGGUUAUGGAUUAUUUAUUGGAAUCGAUUUAAUUAACGAUAAUGAAACAAGAAGUCCAGCAACCAAAACUGCUCAAUACGUAAUAAGCAGAAUGAAACAAGAACAUAUUCUCUUAAGUGCGGAUGGUCCAUAUGGUAACGUUCUGAAGUUGAAACCACCGAUGAUUUUUACAAAAGAAAAUGUCGAUGAAUUCGUAUUAACCCUCGACAGAAUUCUGGAAGAAGUUAAAAAUAUGGACGAAACGUCGCAGAUAGCACCCGACAUAAAAGUAAAGUCUCACCCAGUGAAGAACACAAAACCCUACAAACCCUCGUCUUCGAGAAAAGAAGACAAGAUAAAGUCUAUUUAACUUUGUUUAUAAUUAAACGCAAUUUUUCUAGAAUAGAAAAACUGAUUUGUCUAUUAAAUAGACCACUUUAAAUGUA